ACACACCCACAUUGGCCUUUCCCUCCUUGCCUCACAUGUCUUCUUCCAUAUGAGCCCAACCAGCAUCCCGGCUGCCGCUCCGAGCAGCCCGCCAUCCCCUCCAGACCCCGGGAGGCAGCGCUGGGCCGUCACCGCGGCGAUUUGUGUGGCUUUCGCCGUCCUACUCAGCCUGAUUCUGUACAUGCUCGCAUGGCAGAAGCUCAGGAGGGCACGGCAUCCACCGGCAUCACCGUCCCCCGCGUCGCCAUACCGUGCCCAUCAUCAGGAAACGGGAGACGUCACGCUGCAGUUGACCAGCCGUACCACGUACAAGAUACCAAAGAGUCCGAAGCUGGUAAAGGUGGCCAGCAACAGGAUCGGCGCGACGACCGACGUCGCCGAUGCCAGGACCUGUCCGGUGUGUCUGGACGAUUUCGCCGCCGGCACGGUAGUAGGACGACUCCCGUGCGGUCACGUCUUUUGCUCGGCCUGCAUCGAGCUGUGGCUUUCCAAGCACGGGUAUACCUGUCCGAUGUGGUGCGUUGCCCGGCUUGCAGUACAGAUCACUCCAUGA